ACUUCUUGUAGGUUACUAUUACAAUCCAUAGAUUUGCGUUAAUAUAUUUGCUAAUAAUUUGUUUGUUUUAAUAGAUAUAACCAAAUGUCUGACGUUCUACACCGACCGGGCUUCCUUACGCGACUUCGUAAAGGGGCUCGAAACUUUUUCUCCAGAUUAUUACCCUGCGUACGACGACCAACACUUGCAGACACUUUUGAAGAUGUCUCAGAUUUUACUUCAUCGUUAUCAUCGCUAUCAGACCUUUCCCCCAUGACAACAACAGAAGAAGAUUUCCCUAGAAAUCUCAAUGAAUCUGCUAUAGCUCAUAGACAGGAGUUUACACCUCGUGACUAUGACCAGUCUGAACGAACAUCUUUUGAAGACUUACCCUCGACCGACACCGAUCCUUGGGCUGACCUGGUUGACGAACCAUCAUAUUUUGAUGAUGGUAACCAGAACGAAGAGGACCCACCUCGUAUUCCAAUUAUUGUCACCGACAUUUACAUGCAAGGCAGUUCCAGGAUGCAUCAGGUCGCACAGAUCAUCGUUUAUUCCGUAAAUGGUCAUGUGACCAUGUCUGUACAAUUUGGCUAAAUUAGAUAUGCCAAUCUCUUUGACCGCUGUGAGAUUUGAAUAGAGAAGCUGUCAUACAGCACAAAAGGUUUGACCGACGUUCUAACGAACCUGAAUAUCCAGCUGCAUAUAUGAGCAGCUAAACGAAGCACAGAGUUAUCCGGCCCCGGGUGUCAAAUACCAAGAUCACCCUUGCCCCUUUUGUUAAAGUUAAAAUAAAUUUCGUAAAUAAAAAAAAAAGGGGGAAUGCAGCAGUUAUCAUGAAAUGAUAACCGAAUGAUUG